AUGACUGAUUUUUUAAGGAAUAUUCCUAAACCUAAAAAGAAGGCAUAUGAUGAUGAAAACGAGUUGCAUGAUUUUAAAGAAAAUAGUAGUAACUCUUUAAAAAAAAAAGAAGAAAUAAAAAAAAAGAACCAAUGUUAUGAGUACUUAAAAAGAAGACAUUUACGAAUUACAUGUAAUGAAGAUUUCCAAGGAGGUGGAGCAUAUCCUGAAAUCCAUAUGAAUCAAUAUCCUAAUAAUAUAGGAUUAAAAAGUGAUAAUAAAAAUAAUGUUGUUUUAAAAUAUCUUGAUGAAAAUAAUAAUGUAAAAUAUGAUAAUUUGAUUAAUGAACAAAUACAUAUAUAUAAUAAUGAGAUAGAUAAAAUUGAACCUAAUGAAAGAAUAAAUAAAUUAAGAAAAAAAAAAAUUAUAUCAGAUACAAAAGAUAGAGAAGAAAAAUAUAACGAACCUAUUUAUAAACCUGAUAAUGAUGAAGAAAAUGAAAUUAUUGAAAAUACAAAAAGAAAUAUUGAAAAUAUUUUAAAUGAAAAAUUAAAUAAAAGUAUUGUUAAUAAAAAAGAAGAAAAAUAUUAUAGAUAUAUACCACAAAAUAAAUUAAAUAAUAAUCUAGAAGAAAGAAUUAUUAAAGUUGUUGAAAAAGAAACAGAUCCAUUAGAUGUAUCUAAAUUUAAACAUAAAAAAUUACCAAAUAUAAAAAACUCACCAGAUUAUCCUAUCCUUAGAUCACCUACAAGGAAAUUAAAUAAAGAAGAAGAAAGUGAUUGGAAAAUACCACCUUGUGUUUCUAAUUGGAAAAAUAAUAAAGGAUAUAAUAUUCCAUUAGAUAAAAGAAUUCAAAGUGAUAAUAAAAAAUUAAAUCAUGUACUAGUCAAUGAAAAUUUUGCUCACCUAAGUGAAUACUUAUACGUUGCUGAAAAAAAAGCUAGAGAAGAAAUACAAAUACGUAAUAGUGUUAUGAAACAGAAGAAAUUAAAAGAAAAAGAAGAAAAAGAAAACGUACUCAAAAAUCUUGCUAUACAAGCAAGAAAAGAAAAAGGUCUUGCUAAUAGCUCACUCAUUAAUGAUAGAAAGAGAGAAAUCGAAAGAGAAUAUAAAAUAGAAAAAAAUCUUAAAAAAAUGAAAAAUUAUGAAAAUAGAUAUGUUGAAGAACAAAUAGCUCUUAAUAAAGUUAAUGUUAGUAAAAAUAAUAAUAUACAUGAUAUUAGCUUAUUUAAUAUUAAUGAACAAAAUAAUCUUACAACAACACAAGAUGAUGAUACUUAUCAAAUUUAUGAUACAGCCCUUUUCAAUAAUAAUAAUAAUGCUAAUAUAUAUAAAUUCUCAAGUGAAAGGUUAAGAAAAAAUGUUCAAAAAAUUGAAACAAGAGAAUCUAUGGAACCUGUCAAAUUUAUGAAGGACAUAUCUGACCCAUUCGGUCUCGACAGUUUAUUAUCCCAAGCAAAACAAAAAUAA